AUGGUAAACCUACCCGACUUUAUCCAAAUCUUUGGAACGUCACUUUUCUCCUCCCAAGCUCACGUCAUCAAGAUGAACGCCGUCAUCGACAUCGCCGCCAUCGUCGCCGGAAUCGUCGAAAAGGCCCGACGACAGGAACAGUGGAUGACACGUCUUCAGAAUCUGAAGACGUGUGGAGACCAGGUUCAGGCCGAGUUCGACAAACUGACCUUCUACGUGAGUUUUGAAUUGAAUUUUCAGCAUGAAAGCUUUUUUUCAGUUCGAUUUGACGCACAAGAUGAGAGGGAUCAAUAAUUUUACGAGUACCGAUGCCCGAUGGAUGAUUGUGGGUUUUUUCUCGUUUUUAAACUUUUUUCGAUAACAUUCAAGUAGACUUCGACCCAUCUAGUGAGACUUCCAAUACCUUUUUAGCUCCUAGAAACUUUUUGAAUAGCUUUGGUCAUUUCUAAAAGUCUUCUAGGAUCCUCCAGAACUUUCUGAAAGAAUUUUUGGUUUUAUAAAAGAUACAAGUUCCUUUUUGAAACUUUCAAGAAGCUCAAAAAGACGUCAGAAAGCUGAACUCCUUGAAGACGUCGGAAUCUUUUUCAGAGCGUGGCUCAGAAGAUCCUAACGACGCUGGACGACGACCUGGUGGUUCUGGAGAAGGAAAUCGCAGACCUGACCCUUCUCCACCGAAGAACCGGCCAGAAGAUCGUCAAAGAGGUCCUGAAAAAGGCACAUAACAUCCGUUAUGAAUGCCUUCGCCUCUGUGAAGCUUUAGGCCGUUUUCAGCACAACUGCGUGAGUUUUUAUUUUCAUUUUUACUUGCAAUGAAAGGAAUAUUGGAUUGGACCAGAUUCUUUAUUUUUUUCAAUGCAUUUUUCAAUUUUUAAGUCACGUACUUUAUAGAGGUUCGACAUGUUCUACGCUAUAAUGGUCAAGGAACUCAAGUACAACGUCGGCUGUCUUCAAUACGCUGUGGGACAAGUCCCUGACUACGAGAAAAUUCGUCGUGAAAUCAGGUUUUGAAUCAUUUUUAUGAUUAUUCUGAUUAUUAUAAUACUUGUUCUGAAUAAUAUUGAAAUGAGUUCGAGUUAUUUGUAUAUUGUUUAUUUCUUCCUGAUUUGUUCCUUUAUUUUAUAUAUCAUCAAUAACUUUACCACUUAUUUGAACUCUCUUAUCUUCCCUCCAAGUUAUUGGACUAUUUCUCCAUUCCCAAUGAACAGGUAUUUUGAUUAUCUGAUAACGGUUCCCAUUUCAUUCCUGGUAAGAUUUCUCCUAUUUGAUCGUAUUAUCAUUAUUAUUGUUUCUAAUUAUAUUGUUGAGCUUAAUAAAUUAUUUAUAUCAUUAAACUGUUUUAAAAUCAUCAAACAAAAAACAAAAAACGAGUCAAAACCUAAAAAAAAAUACGAAAACUUUGGACAGAGAACUCGAUCAUCAUCUUUGGACAGUAGGAAAAUCGCCAAGUUUCACUUGAAGGAAGGGGAAAUUAGGAUCUCAGGUAAAUAAAAAACAUUUUUCUGAUUGGUACCGAAUCCUCUAAUUUAGGACAUCUAGAACUUUAGUUUUCAUUUUUUUUAAAUGUUAGCAAAACUUUACAAAUGAAAAAAAAAAUAGUCUGGAGGUCUCAAAAUGGACAUAUUAUGGGGUUCUGUAGGUUUUUAAGUUCUGAACCAAUAGCCUCCAUAGCUUAAGUGGUCCCUAGAGGGGUCUUUAAGUUUCAUUUGAAAAACGCUUGCAUGGAAAUGCUUCUCCGCAGAGAGUACAUAAAGUUCUCAAUUAGAAUGCCCCGAUAAGGGCCACUAACUAAAACCCCUUUAGGGAACAUUUUUGCAAGCUUUAGUGGCCCUUAUUGGGGUUGGUAGAGUGGUCGCUGAGAUUGCCCCUAUCCCUAUAGGGACCAUACUGGGGUUCUAAGGCUUGAAGCGAGUGCUGCCGAGGAGAGCACCUCCCAGUGGGCGGUAUUUUUCGUGUCGGGCUAG